CAAGUUUGAUGACCUUAAUUUUUACACCUCAAACUCAUGCCAUAUUCCGAAGCCGAUAUCAAGACAAAGAAAGUGACCGGAACGAAGAAACUCCAACUCUUCCAUUGAUCUCUCCUUGGUACUCAUCAACAGUUUUUCCGGUGGUGCCGAAUCUCGGUUUUUAUAAUCAGCACCAACAAUUUAGGAAUUAGGGUUUGAGUAUUGUGUUUCAAUAAUUAUGAAUGGUUCUGGUUUGGGUGGUGGGUUUUUGAGUGGUCCCACUGGGGGUAUUUUAGACCUUGAAUCUCCAUUUAACAGGCAUCAACAACAGACUCAGUUAGCUCAUGGUCAGCACCAUAUGAAUAUGAUAACUGGUUUGGAAAAUGAUAGUAAUCAAAUUGGUUUAAUUGAAGUGAAAAAUUUGAAUUUUGGUAAAGGGAAGGGAAUUGCUAGUUCUAAUCAUGACAAUAGUAACGAUAUGAGUGAAGACGAUGAACAUGGUUACGGAGAAGAUGGGAAUUGCGAGAAUUUUUUCGAUGGUGGGAAAGGGAAAAAAGGGUCUCCUUGGCAGAGAAUGAAGUGGACGGAUAAUGUGGUUGGGCUUCUUAUAGCAGUGGUGAGUUGUGUUGGCGAGGAUGGAACAAUUUCUGGUGUGGAUGGUGUUAAGAGGAAAUCCGGGGUUGUACAGAAGAAGGGUAAGUGGAAAACUGUUUCUAAGAUAAUGAUAAGUAAGGGUUGUCAUGUGUCGCCGCAGCAGUGUGAGGAUAAAUUUAAUGACUUGAAUAAGAGGUAUAAGAGGUUGAAUGAGAUACUUGGUAGGGGAACUUGUUGUCAGGUGGUUGAGAACCCUGCAUUGAUGGAUUCAAUGGUUAACUUGUCUGCUAAGGCUAAGGAUGAUGUUAGAAAGAUAUUAAGCUCGAAACAUUUGUUUUAUAAGGAAAUGUGUGCAUACCACAAUGGUCAAAGGAUACCAAAUAGUCAUGAUCUUGACUUGCAUAGUUAUUCGUUGGAACACGGGAAGGACUCGAGAGAUCACGAUGGCUCUGAUGAUGAAGAUGAAGAUAACAAUGAAAGUGAGGACGAUGAGUUGGAUAAUGGAAUUAAUAUUAAUGCACGUGGUGAUGGAGGGAGAAUGGAAGGGUUUUGUGAUAGAAAUAAAUUAAGUGAGGAGGAUGGCCACUUUUGGCCGCAGUCUAUUGGGAUGAAGAAACUUGAGAGUGAAAUGGCAAGGGUUUUUCAAGACCCUGUAAAGUCACCGUGGGAGAAAAGAGAGUGGAUUAAGCAACAGCUGUUGCAGCUCCAAGAGCAAAAUGUUGACUUCCAAGCCAAGGCUUUUGAACUUCAGAAACAGCAGUUUAAGUGGUUAAGAUACCGCAGCAAGAAGGAUCGGGAGCUGGAGAAGCUGGCGAUGGAGAACAAGCGAAUGAAAUUUGAAAAUGAGCACAGGAUCUUAAAGCUGAAGCAGAGAGAGCAGGAGGCAGAGUUCAGUAGGUCUGAGAUGUCCUUAGACCCUACCUCCAUUGGUAUCAAGAGGCCACAAGGGAGGGAACAUAUCAACUUGGCUAGACAGCACUAGCUUCCAGAAAGGAUAGAUCGUCAUUGCUUUAAAUUAUGUAUGAAAUGAAACCCUUUUGAUUAUGAUGUUUCAAAUUUUGUUAAACUAACUUAGCAGGUUAUAUAUGUCUUAUAUAUAUGUGUAGAAGCUAUUGGCCUUGAAUACGAAUGCCGUAUUUAUUUGUUCUUGGGUUGAACUAUAUAUAUGGUUGAGAAGUUAUUUUACUAGACAUUUUCCCUU